AUGAGGAGAGAAUAGAGUACUGAGAUAUAUUGGGGUCCCUAUGGAUUUUUCUUCAUAUUCUCUUCGUCUUUUGCUAAUAAUUGCUUUCAGCUCGGCAAAAGAAACUUUAGCCGGCCGGAGUGAAGUCGGCCAUGAUAUCUUAGCUCAGCAAGAAGCAGACCAAGUGGUUAGACUUCCCGGCCAGCCUUGGGUGGAUUUCAAACAAUAUGCAGGAUAUGUUAACGUCAAUGAAACUCAUGGACGAGCACUGUUCUAUUGGUUCUUCCAAGCAACCCAAAACCCUCAAGAAAAGCCUAUCCUCUUAUGGCUCAACGGAGGUCCAGGAUGUUCGUCCAUUGGUGGAGAAACACUAGAGCUUGGGCCAUUUUUUCCUGAAAAGGGUAGCAAACCAAAGCUAAAGUUCAAUCCUUAUACAUGGAACAAAGCGGCCAAUUUGUUGUUUGUGGAAUCUCCCUUUGGAGUCGGGUUUUCCUACACCAAUACCAGCACAGAUUUUGGUGAACUUGGCGACAAAAUCACGACAAAGGAUUCGUACAUGUUUCUGAUCAACUGGUUUCGGCGAUUUCCACAAUUCAAAUCACACGAGUUCUACAUUGCUGGAGAAAGCUAUGCAGGGCACUAUGCUCCAGAACUUUCUGAGGCCAUUCUCGAUCAUAAUAAGAAUGUAUCCAAGGAGGAUUAUAUAAACCUCAAAGGGUUCCUGAUUGGGAACGCAGCAUUGGAUGAUGAAACGGAUACAAAGGGAAUGAUUGAUUAUGCAUGGCAUCAUGCGUUGAUAUCUGAUCGGUUGUACCAAGAUAUGAAAAGCAAAUGCAACUCCAAACAAUCGGCCGGCGACUGCUUUUUUGCCAUCAAUGACUUUUACGGUGCGUAUGAUGAAAUCAUGGACAUGUACAGCCUCUACACUCCCAAAUGUGUCCAAACAAAAAUCACCACCACCACUACUACUACUACUAAACGGCGACGCAAUGAUCUCCAUUUCUUUUCCCAACUUUAUGGGUUGGAGAAGAAAGCAAGUAGAGCUAGUUACGACCCUUGUGCGCCAGAUUACGCUGAGACAUAUCUGAAUAGGCCGGAUGUUCAACAAGCUUUGCAUGCCAAUCUUACCAAAAUCCCUUAUCCAUGGACUCGUUGCAGCCAGGAAAUCCAAGCUUGGCAUGAUGCACCAACAUCAGUACUACCUACAAUUGAGAAGCUUAUUGCUGGGGGUCUGCGCAUAUGGAUUUACAGUGGAGAUACUGAUGGGAGACUCCCAGUCACUUCAACUAGGUAUACUUUGAGAAAGCUUGGAUUAAAAAUUACUGAAGAUUGGACUCCUUGGUACAGCGACCAACAGGUUGUUGCCGGGUGGACAACUGUGUACGAGGGGCUUAACUUUGUGACCGUACGAGGUGCCGGCCACAAGGUUCCUAUGUUUGCACCCAAACGGGCUCUCCAGCUGGUUCAGCACUUCCUGGACAAUAAGCAACUCCCACAUGCACCAUUUUAAUGUUCCUCGUGUACCUUUUUUUUUUCUUCUUCUUUGAAAGCAAUUGAUCAACAAGCGACCAUUUAUUCGAUAAAUUUGUAGUCAAGGUAUACGUAGUUGCUGUUUCGUUCCAAAUAAUAAAUGUAGUAUAUAUAUAUAUUACUAAACAUAAACGGUUACGGUGGGUACAAUAUCGUGGACAUUGUGUAAAAGCCUACUCUCAUAUAUGAUAAUAUGAAUAGAGUAGGCUUUUAAAUUUAUCAUCUGUUCAUUUAUUUUUCAAAAUAAUUUUCAACUCUCAUUUAAACUCU